AUGGCUAUUACAGUGCAAGUUCUAAGAGGAAAAUAUUGUAACUCUAAGAGAGGUCCUGAAAUAUUCACCAAAAGGAAGGGUGAUUCUCGACUCUGGAUAAACACAUGUAGAAUGUGGAACACACUUGAUGAUAGUAGCAUUUGGGAAAUUGGAAAUGGUUCCCAUAUUUUGUUCUGUAAUGUUAAAUGGCAAGGUGAAGGCUGUAAUCUUAUUGAGCUUGUGACUAGUGAAGUGCUUGCUGGAGAACUUAAUAAGAAAGUGGCAGACUAUGAACCUCCUGAGGAAGGAUGGAUAAAGAUUAACACAGACGGUGUCGCUCGAGGUAACCCAAGCCCUGCUACAUAUAGAGGGCUUGCUCAAAAUCAUGCAAGCUGCUCGACCAUGAUAGCAGAGUUCUGGGGAAUCAUAAAAAGUCAAGAUAUGGCUUGGGCAGGUGGUUGGCGAAAGGUGAUUAUUGAAAGUGACUCAAGUAAUGCAGUAGCGGUGCUCACAAAAAAUGGUGAAGCUGCUCGUGAGUCCUAUUUGGUGUCUCGGAUAAGGGGAAAUAGAAAAUUGGAGAAGGUUGAAGCAAGUCUUGCAAAAGCUAGAGCCUUGAUAAGAGAAGCUUCAUUGAGAACCAAUGACACCGUGCCUCCUGAAGAUACUGAUUAUGUUCCACAUGGAGACAUCUACAGAAACGCCUUUGCUUUCCAUAGGAGUUACCAGUUAAUGGAAAAGCUCUUUAAAAUCUUCGUAUAUGAAGAGGGAGAGCCCCCUCUAUUUCAUUAUGGUCCCUGCAAGAACAUAUAUUCCAUGGAAGGAAUCUUUAUCAACUUAUUGGAAAGCAAUAACCUGUUUCGGACACAGAAUCCAGAUGAAGCUUAUGUCUACUUUCUUCCGUUUAGUGUUGUGAUGAUCCUUGAGCACCUCUUUCAUCCAGUCAUUCGUGACAAAGCUGUGUUGGGCCGAACUAUUGGUGAUUAUGUUCAUAUAAUAUCCCACAAAUAUUCAUAUUGGAAUAGAAGUUAUGGAGCUGAUCAUUUCAUGCUUUCUUGUCAUGAUUGGGGACCAAGAGCAACAUGGUAUGUUAAGGAAUUAUAUUUUAUUGCAAUCCGGGUGCUAUGCAAUGCAAAUGUCACUGAGCAUUUCAAUCCCAAGAAGGAUGCAUCAUUUCCUGAAAUUAACCUGGUAACAGGGGGAACAACAGGUCUUUUUGGUGGCUAUCCACCAUCAAAUAGAACAAUUUUGGCUUUCUUUGCAGGGCAAAGGCAUGGUAGAAUAAGACCAGUGCUUUUCCAGCAUUGGGAGAACAAAGACAAAGAUGUGCUAGUCUAUGAGAAACUCCCAAAUGGGGUUUCAUACCAUGAAACAAUGAAGAUGAGCAAGUAUUGUAUUUGUCCAAGUGGGUUUGAAGUGGCAAGUCCAAGAAUUGUUGAGGCAAUUUAUGCACAAUGUGUACCUGUGAUAAUAUCACAACAAUAUGUUCUUCCUUUUAGUGAUGUUCUUAACUGGGAUUCUUUCUCAGUUCAGAUUCCAGUGAGUGAUAUACCCAAGCUUAAGGAAAUUUUGUUGGGUAUAUCGGAGGACAAAUAUAUGAGAUUGCAAGGAGGAGUUAAGCAAGUGCAAAGACAUUUCGUGGUGAACAAUCCUCCCAAGAGAUAUGAUGUAUUCCAUAUGAUUAUUCAUUCAAUAUGGCUUAGGAGGUUGAAUGUGCAUGUGAAAUAA